AUGUAUGAGGAGCAAGACACGAAAUGGGAGAGGGUGACUGAUCGUGGAAACAAAAGACCAUAUUCAAACCGGUCUCACAACAAAAAGGGGAAAGAAGUCUGUUUGGAAGGUAGAGAAGACACACGUGAAGAAGGAGAAAUACGGAUAGAUGGAGAGGACAAGAUUACUGUGCAUCAGGAAGAGGAAAAAAACUUAGGAUCAAACAGCAAUGCAAGUCUUACGAAGGGAGUUACUCCACUGUUAGGCGACCAACGUGACUCUACUAAGGAUCUUACGGAUGGUGAGGAUAAGAUAAUGACUCAGGAGGGAGCUACGGAAGCGACUGAAGAAAAUGCGCUUGUCAGAGAUACAGCCGACACAGAGGCACCUGCAAUGGAGAAGAAAGUUGCUCCCCGUAAACCACUAUUUUCAGGGAAUGUUGGUGUCCAUACAAAGAAGUUUACUCAAGUCCUAAUGUCGCCGCGCGUAAAUGUGUAGCUCCAAGCAGACUGGCCGGAAGGGAGGAGGAGGCGGAGGUGCUAAGAAGAUGGAAGACAAGGGUCCCUUAAACCCUAAACAACUUCCUAAACCUUAAGCUUUAUGGAUAGAGUUGUCUAUUAGAUUUAUAAUGGGAUUGCGGGAGGUUUUUUAUUUAUGGUAUUACUAAAAUAAGCUCUACGAGUAUCUUUUCUUUUUGGAAUACUUUGAUUUUGGGAGGGUUCUCAAUUUGGUCUGGUCUGUUUGUUUCUUAAGGUUAUGGAAUAAAAAUGGUUGCUUUGGUUAUUGGUAUUGGAUCAAAUGUGCAACUGGAUAUGAUUGCAGUACUAGUUCUUUUGUUCGGGAAAUAGACUGCUUCACGCGCAUAGUUUUCAGAAGGUAUGAUAAGGAAUUAGAAUGGUUUUGGUCUAUUGGUAUUGGACAGCGAGGCUCUAUUGCACAAGUUCAAUUGUUCUGGCUGGUCUCCUCAAACCAGUUACGAAACAGCUUUAUGCAUGGAGUUAGACUUGCAGACAACCGUGAAGACGUAGAAGACGAUAUGGCCCAGAGCAUAUGCGAUUAGACAUAUACGGAAUCUUUACUAUAUGGGGAAUAACCCUUUUUAUUAUAAUAGUGGUGUUCGUUUGGUUGCCGCAGCUUUUUGAGUCUGCGUCUGUUCGUUUUGGUGUUGUUCGUUUUUCAGACUCAGACGCAGCUUGUUGUUCGUUUCGAAGACGCAGAACAUUGACGCAGACGCUGGACGCAGACGCAAGAAAUUGAUUUAUUGCUGUUCGUUUGGCAGACGCUGCGACUAUUUGAUUUUGUUUAUAUUUUAAUUUUAUAAAUUUGGAAAAUUGUAUUUUAAAUAAAUAAAAUGUAGUUUGAAUUUGUAAAAUUAUAUUUUAAAUAAAGAAAUGUAGUUUACAUA